CGGAGACGCGGAGAUCCAGUGCACGUUUCCAUCGAGCAGAAGCGAGUAAAUGCGGCGGCAGAGCCCUCGGCACCAUGGGUGACGACCUGGGGAUUACUACUAACGGAUUUUAACAGGGAAACACAGGGAAAAUGGCAGAAAGGCUGGAAUGGGUGGAGAUCAUCGAGCCCCGCACCCGGGAGCGGAUGUACGCCAACCUGCUGACGGGCGAGUGCGUGUGGGACCCCCCCCAGGGCGUGCGGAUCAAGCGCACGGGCGACAACCAGUGGUGGGAGCUGUUCGACCCCAACACCUCCCGCUUCUACUACUACAACGCCUCGUCCCAGCGCACCGUCUGGCACCGCCCCCAGGACUGUGACAUCAUCCCGCUGGCCAAGCUGCAGACGCUGAAGCAGAACACCGAGUCGCCGCGGCGAGCCUCCACCGACAACAGCCCUGGCAGGAGCAGCGCCGUCAGCCGUGAGGGGAGCACCUCCUCCUCUCUGGACCAGGAGCUCACCGACAAGCAGCCCAGCAGCCGCGAGGAGGGAGAGAGGACGUCCCCGUUCCGCUGGAACACAGGCACCAAGGAGCGCAUGCUGAUCAAGGUGACGGACCGCGAGCCCAGCUACCUGUCCCACCAGGGGAACGGCUUCUCCCCCUGCGAGGGUCCCGGCGGCGGCACCUCCUCGCGCUCCCGCCGCUCCUCCGGCAACGUGCCCCCGGACCCCGACAGCCCCUCCGUCUUCUACCCCGAGCGCCGGCAGUCGCCCUUCCUGAAGAGGGCGGAGCUGGGCGGGUCCCCGCUGCUGGGCGGGGGGGGUGGCGGGGGAGGGGGCGGCGCCCACCGCCGCUCCUCGGCCGACUCCCAGCCUCCAUCGCCCCGCUACGCCUACGAGCCGCCCCUGUACGAGGAGCCGCCCUCCGAGUACCAGCCCCCGCCCAUCUACGAGGAGCCGCCCACCGACAUGCACUGCGAGUCCGCCGCCUCCUCGCCCCACUACGGCACGGCCAAGUCGCAGCCGCCGCACUCCGCCUCGCCCGGCCGCAAGCCCGCGCCCUCCCACUUCCACUCGCCCAAGCAGGGCCACUCGCCCUACCAGCAGCUGGUACUCACCAAGCAGAAAGGCUCGGAGAAGACGCCCAGCCUGGACUACAGCCCCGCGGGGAGGGAGUACGUCAAGCAGCUGGUGUACGUGGAGCAGUCCGGCUCCAGCCCGCGCUUCAAGACCGCCGACCGGCUGCUGCGCUACCAGACGGCGGGGCCGGGGGGCGCCGGCGGCUACGGGGGCGGCUACGGGGGCAGCUACACCCUGCAGCACAGCCAGUCGCUGAUCCGGGACCCGCGGGUGCUGCUGGACUACACGGGCGAGGCGGGCGAGAUGAAGCAGAGGCUCCUCUAUGAGGACUCCAUGUCCUGGACGUCCGGAAGCCAGCACGACUCGCUGUCCUCCUCCGGGGGGGGCGGGGGCUACUCGCCUGGCGGGAACCGCAAGCGGAAAACCCGCAAGCCCUCCCUGCCCCAGGAGGUGCUGGCGCACUGCGGGGAGGGCGGGGGCGGGGCCGGGGGCUGCGAGGCGGGCCGGGCCGGGGCCGGGGGGUACACGGACGCGGUCCUGGCGCAGGUGCGGUUGGCGUGGGAGGCGCAGCAGGUGCACCAGAUGAAGCAGCGGAGCAGCUGGGACGCGGCCCAGCAGCAGGGCGGGGGCUCCCAGGGCCAGACCCCGCAGGGGGGCGGGGGAGGGGGCGGCGGCUCCAAGGACGGGUACGAGAGCGACGGCGCCGUCCCCCUGCCCCUGCCGGGCCCCGUGGUGCGGGCCUUCAGCGAGGACGAGGCACUGGCCCAGCACGAGGGACACUGGAAGCGCAGCAACCUGGAGAGGCUGGGGUUCCCCCAGGCCCUGCUGGAGAAGAGCCUGUCAGUGCAGACCAACCUGGCCUCACCCGAGCCUUACCUGCACCCCUCACAGUCGGAGGACCUCGGGGCGUGUGCCCAGUUUGAGGCGAGCCGAAACGCCCGAAACAUGAUGCCCAGUGCCAGCUGUGGCGUUUUCCCAGAGUUCACCCUGAGGAAGCCCUCAUCCGAGACUGACAUCGAGAACUGGGCGUCCAAGCACUUCAACAAACACACACAGGGCCUGUUCCGGCGCAAGGUGUCGAUCGCCAACAUGCUGGCCUGGAGCAGCGAGCCUAUCAAGAAGCCGAUGAUUGUGACGUCAGACCGGGGGGUGAAGAAAGAGGCAGUGGAGAUCUUCAAGCUGAUCCAGAUGUACAUGGGGGACCGGCGGAGCCGUGGCGAGCCACUCAGCGUGGCGCUGGAGGUGGCGGUGAAGGGCUGGAGCUGCCAGGGCCUGCGGGACGAGCUGUACAUCCAGCUGUGCCGGCAGACCACCGAGAACUUCCGCUACGACAGCCUGGAGAGGGGCUGGGAGCUCAUGGCCAUCUGCCUGGCCUUCUUCCCCCCGACACCCCGCUUCCACUCCUACCUGGAGGGAUACAUCUACCGACACAUGGACCCUCUCAACGACACCAAGGUGAUGCAGCACAUUAGCCAGCUGCUGGCGGCCCGGGACCAGAGGAGGGCCAAGCUGCGUCGGAAAGGCCAACCCCCCGGGGAGCCGGCUGAGGGCGUGGCCAUCAGCAGCUAUGCCAAGUACUGCUACCGAAAACUGCAAAAAGCGGCGCUGACCGGAGCAAAGAAGGGUCUGCAGAAGCCCAGCCUGGAGGAGAUCAAACACGCCCGCAACGCCAUCUUCAGCCCCUCCAUGUUCGGCAGCUCCCUGGAGGAGGUGAUGGCCCUGCAGAGGGAGCGCUACCCCGACCGGCAGCUGCCCUGGGUGCAGACGCGCCUCUCCGAGGAGGUGCUGGGCCUGAACGGGGACCAGACUGAGGGCAUCUUCAGGGUCCCAGGUGACAUUGACGAGGUGAACGCUCUGAAACUCCAGGUGGACCAGUGGAAGGUUCCCACGGGGCUGGAGGACCCACACAUCCCAGCCUCCCUGUUGAAGCUGUGGUACAGAGAGCUGGAGGAGCCCCUGAUUCCCCAUGAGUUCUACGACGAGUGCAUCUCCCACUAUGACAGUCCCGAGGAGGCUGUCAACGUGGUGCUGGGGCUGCCCCACAUCAACAAGCUGGUGCUGUGCUACCUCAUCCGCUUCCUGCAGGUGUUUGCCCAACCUGCCAACGUGGCCAUCACAAAGAUGGACGUCAACAACCUGGCGAUGGUGAUGGCGCCCAACUGCCUGCGGUGCCAGUCGGACGACCCGCGGGUCAUCUUCGAGAACACGCGAAAGGAGAUGUCCUUCAUCCGCGGCCUGGUGCAGAGGCUGGACACCAGCUUCAUGGAGGGGAUGCUAUAGCCCCGGGGCGGGGCGCCCCCGGAAAAAUACCACAGCACAGGGUCCCGCACCAGACGCACCACACACUCAUGCACAGGGUGUCACUCAC